UUCAUCGAAAGAGCCGAAGAUGUCGGCUCGGUCAUCUGAUCAGCUGUGUCCAAUCACAGCUGAUCACAUGGGACAUGUACACUGAUCAUCAGGGCACUGGUGAUCAGUGUAGCCCCAGCAGUGCCACCUGUCAGUGUCCAUCAGUGCCAGCUGUCAGUGCUCAUCAGUGCCACAUGCCAGUGCCCAUCAGUGCCACAUCAAUGCCACAUAUAAGUGCCUACCAGUGCACAUCAAUGCCACAUAUCAGUGCCCAUCUGAGCUGCCUUUCACCCAUCAGUGCCUGUCACCCAUCAGUGCCAGUCAGUGCCACCUAUCAAUGCCAAUUAGUGCCACCUAUCAGUGCUGCCAAUCAGUGCCAGUCAGUGCCACCUAUCAGUGCCACCUAUCAGUGCCAGUCAGUGUUGCCUAACAGUGCCGCAUGCCACCUAACAGUGCCACCUAACAGU